AUGGUCAGCUCCUGUUGUGGCUCUGUCUGCUCUGAGGAGGGCUGUGGCCAAGGCUGCUGCCAGCCCAGCUGCUGCCAGACCACCUGCUGUAGGACCACCUGCUGUCGUCCCAGCUGCUGUGUGUCCAGCUGCUGCAGACCUAGCUGCUGCCAGUCUCUGUGCUGCCGCCCCAGCUGCUGCAUUUCUAGCUGCUGCAGACCUCCCUGCUGCCGCCCCAGCUGUUGCAUUUCUAGCUGCUGCAGGCCUUCUUGCUGCCGCCCCAGCUGUUGCAUUUCUAGCUGCUGCAGACCUUCUUGCUGCCGCCCCAGCUGCUGCAUUUCUAGCUGCUGCAGGCCUUCCUGUUGCCGCCCCAGCUGCUGCAUUUCUAGCUGCUGCAGGCCUUCCUGUUGCCGCCCCAGCUGCUGCAUUUCUAGCUGCUGCCGCCCCAGCUGCUGCAGACCUCAGUGCUGCAUCUCCAGCUGCUGCCGUCCCAUCUGUUGCCAGACCACCUGCUGCAGGACCACCUGCUGCCGCCCAGCAUGCUCCAGUGCUUCUUGCUGCUGA